UCUAGUCCGUUGGCUUUUAUGAAAUCCCCUUUUGAGAAAAGAUUUAAAAUGUUUAAUUAAAUGUAGACUUGGCGGGUAAACAAUGAAUAAAACUCAGUGAAUCGGGUGGCGGGGAAACGAUGUGCAAGUGAAAACUGUGGAAAACGCGGCAGCAGACAGAGACACAGAGCGUACGUAGAGGAAGUCAGAAGAUAAAAUCGAUUUUUCAGUGCAGGAUGCUGAAAUUUUGAAGGGAAUCUGAUAUUGUAGAAAAGAAACCCCGAAAUGCCGGAGAACCUGGAGCUGCGGCAGUUCCAGGAGGGCGCCCCGCCCCCAGAUCCCGCCCCCCGUUGGCUGGAGCGUCUGCAGCGCCGUUUGGGCGCCGAUUGCCCUUAUUUGGGGAUCUUGCUAGCUACACUUUCCUCGUUAUUUUUUUCCUUGUGCUCAGUGAUUGUCAAGGGACUGGUGGAUGUGAAUCCUAUGGAGCUGGCUUCGUUCCGUUUCGUGGGAGUUUUGCUGCCUGCACUUCCUAUCCUCAUUUACACCCGACAGCCGGUGUUUCCGGAGGGUAAAAGGGUGAUCUUGUUGCUGCGAUGCUUCAUGGGAACCACGGGUCUGAUGCUCAGUUUCUACGCUUUCCGGCACAUGCCACUGGCAGAUGCAAGUGUCAUUAUCUUCUCUACACCCGUAUUUGUGGCCAUCUUCGCGCGGGCCUUCCUCAAGGAACCUUGCACGCUCUUCAAUGUCCUUACCAUUAACAUGACUUUGGUCGGCGUGGUCCUAAUCACACGACCACCUUUUGUGUUCGGUAAUUCUGGAGACAGUGAGGAAGUAUCCGGGAAGACGUACGACAUCUGGGGACCCGUUGCUGCCAUCUCGUCCACGCUUUUCGGAGCCAAUGUGUAUAUCCUGCUGCGUGCCCUCAAGAAUCUACACUUCUCCGUUAUCAUGACGAAUUUUGGAACCAUCGCUCUGGUCUACACUCUGAUCGUUUGUGGAUCCAUUGGAGCUGUGUGCUGGCCCAGCUGCGGAAGGGAUCGCUGGCUGGUUGUUGUGCUGGGCGUGUUCAGCUUCCUAGGACAGAUCCUGCUCACUCUAUCCUUGCAGAUUGAGCAGGCCGGUCCGGUGGCCAUAGCUCGGUGCGCAGACAUCGUUUUCGCCUUCAUCUGGCAGAUGGUCUUCUUCGGGGAGACCCCCACCGCCUACUCUCUUGUGGGGGCCGUCAUGGUAAUGGGAUCAGUUGUCCUGACGGCCCUCAAAAAGUGGGCAGGCACUCUGCCACGCGAGUCCUCGCUGAGGAAGCGCUUCAGGCUAAUCCUGCUGGAAUAAUAAGGUUCCAGAUGAAUUGAAAAAGUUCGCGGUUUCUCCCCCGUCUUGCCAUCGUUCUCACCUACUCAUGCCAGCAUCAGAAGCAGGCACCAAACCAGUUCAUUCAUUGUAGACUUAACUUAUAUCAAGGCUCAGAUCGUAGUUUAAUCAAAAGAAAUAAGAAAGGACGCGUGAUAACCACACUUAUAAGUAAAUACUCGUAGUGCGUGUUUAGUUUAGCCAAUUUCGCCGAUUUGUUGUUUUGUACAUUGUUAUACAUGCUUAAAAUACGAUAAUAAAUACAACUUAUGAG